AUGGCCAAUAUUUCAAUCAGCGCGCCAGGGUUGAGUAGCGGUGGCUUCCUCUAUAAUAAUGGCAACAACAAUGCGCGACUAUGUAUCACCGCGGAAUCAGAAGAGUUCGACAUGGACGUCAUCAAGAGCUGGCAGGACGAAGGAUUUGACGUGGUAUACCUUCCCUACAACGGCGGCGGGAAAGACUACGGCCGAAGACUUCAGUCCGUAAAGGAUGGUCUGGGUGUCGGUGAAAACUACGGAGUAGUUGCUUUCGGCGACGCCGCCAACUACUGUCUCGAUUUCUAUAUUAAUUCUGUGAACGCGAGUCGGCUGUGCGCGCUCGUGGCCUACUACCCCAGCCUCAUCCCAGAUACCAGAUCGCGGUUCCCACUUUCCCUGCAGGUCGUCGUUCAUUUGGCGGGUGAGAGUGUGGACGUCCUCGUUCAGCCGGUGGCGCUUGGACUACAGGGAAAGAAGCGCCGUCAGUCGCGGCCCAUCAACGCUGGCAUCGGAACGGGAGAGCGAUUGGAUCUGGCGUAUCCGGCAUUCACCUAUGACAAUGCUGUGCCCGGUUUCGCGGAGUCCGACUUGGAGGAAUAUGAUCAUCUCUCGGCGAACCUGGCAUGGACGCGAACCUUGAAGGUCUUGCGAAAGGGAUACUCACGCGAUCCGGAUUUGGAGCGUCGAGUGGAAGACCAUGUUGAGGGCAAGUUCUUUUCGUCCAACACCAGAAAGGCCAUGGACGGCUACAUCCGAGACAAGACCCCAAGCGUCACCUAUACCCCGACAAUCAGCGGUGGAAUCGGCAAGAAGGCAUUGAACCACUUCUAUGAACACUUCUUCAUCGGAAAGCUGCCUCCGUCGAUGCGCCUGCGCCUCCUCUCCCGCACAACAGGACCCGAUCGCGUGGUCGACGAACUAUACGUCAGCUACGAACACACCCAAGAAGUCCCAUGGAUGCUUCCGGGAGUUCCAGCAACGAACCAACGCAUUGAGAUCAUCCUCGUCAGCAUCGUCAGCCUCCGCGGAGGACGCAUCUACUCCGAACACGUAUACUGGGACCAGGCCAGUGUGCUCGUGCAAGUCGGACUUCUAGACCCGAAGUUACUUCCGAAUGGAGUCCAAGGCGUCGAUCGACUCCCCGUUGUUGGCCGUGAGGCCGCACGACGUAUCCUCCACGAAGACAACGAGCUCGAGCAACAAGAUUACCACAACAAGAUGAUCAAGCGGGCUCGUGCACGUGCGCGCCGGAACCAGAAUAUGAGCUCCCGUGCUUCGCAGGCGGAUGAGUCGGGAGCUGAUUUGAAGAGCGAUGCCGAGCAGACCUUGCCUGAUCGCAGUCGUAAUAAGGGGAAGACGGUUCAGACGCCCCGGCCUGUGGAGCAGGAGGAUGAGGGCGCUGAGACGGAGACUGAGUCGAGUGUGAAGGGAAAGGCGGAGAACGGGGAUCGGUCGGCGUAUGUUGAGGAUGGUGCGGAAAAUGGUGGAAAUGGAACGGAGUCUUGA